UAAAUUCUUCGCCUUCGCCACCUUCCCGGCGCGUUAUCUGAGCGUGUGCAGAAACGCAGAGCAGGCCGUUAGCCGGUGUGCUGUGGUGCUUCGCCGUGCUGGGUGAUGAUAGUCCAUCAACAGCAUCCCUAAGAAGAUAAGAACAUUAAGAUAAGACAUUAACCUCGUACGGUGCAAGUUUAUGCUCUGAGAAGUGGCUUUCUGCUGUUGAUGGACUUGUUCGUCAAACAAAGCAGCUGAUGAACGUCCCUCAAAGAGGAUGAAAUGGGAAAAAAGCAGUCCCAAAUCAGAACUGGAAGGACUCACAUGUGGAAGUGGAAACCUUGCUGCACUGGGGGAAAUGCCAAAAGCGUCUGAUGGGCAUCGAGGUUCAGAAGGUCCAGGAGACACCGAUGUAAUCCAACAGAAAAAAGGUGAAAGCAUUCCAGAGACUAUCGAAGGGAAGCAGGCAGAGGUGCACGAUGUUUCUCUGGAGCCACGUGCAGUGAGGUCGAGCAGCACCCCAUUGAAAGUGGGCAGUGGUGGAUAUCUGCCCCACGCCGUGUUCAGUGAGGAGGAGAGCAGCUGUGGCAGUGUGCUGGCCGAGGAGUCCGGCUCGGAGGACACCGAUCGCCCCAGGAGGCCGAUGCAGCUGGAGCACAGCGGGUUCUCGGAUGAGGACAGCAACCAGCCCAUGCCAGUGCACCGCUUCUUCGGGGAUUUCGAGCCGGAUCUCCCAGCAGUUGCACUCCCAAGCACAACGAUGAGCAGGAGAGAAGUCAGGAACCUCCAUUUCUUUGCAAAGGAAGAUGAUGAGGAGGAAGAGGAUGUUGUCUAACAACAAACUGUAAACAAAUUAAACCUUUCUUCUUUUUCUUUGCAACCACAUAGCAAUGGUUCUGUCAGUAACAUAAGGUGUCUGUGUUUGCCUUUUCUCAGGGAGAGAACUGGGAGAGUUUGUGUUGCUGGAAUUGGCAGAUACAGUAUUCCUACAGUUAUCUGGGGCAAAGACUGUGAUUUGGAAAGAAACUGUAAUUUAGCACUUUACCACUCAUAUUUAGGAAAAAAACCCCAGGGAAAAUAGAAAUUCUCAAGGGUUUUUUUUUAUAAAUUUGAGCCUCAAUCUAGAGGGAUUAUUUGGUUUCACUCCUUUGUUUCAAAAUAGUCAAGGAAAAGACGCUAAAACAACCUUCUCUUAAUUCUGUGAUGUCUCUGGCACCCAGGUAAUAAAGGAGCCAGUUGACUCCCCGGUACAAAGAGAGACAAGGGUCUCUUGUGUAGGUUGUGUGGAUUGUUUACAUCUAAACCAGGACCAAUGAAACCUCUACAAAUCAGUUCUGCUGCCCAAAUGCAAUGCAGGGUGUCAGUGUGAGUUCAGUGUGUUCAUCUCUGGGAGUUCAGCACAUUUUUACUGCACGUCAGCUCCCCACACACCCACCCUGUGUUGCUGCCUCCCCCUCCACCCACUGCUGUAAAAGUUGUUCUUUGAGCUGUGCUGCAGCUCAUUAAGGAUUUUAGACUGAUUUUCAGCAGGGAUUUUGUAAACAAAUGCUUUGGUGGAUAUAAAGGAGGAUUUGAUGGGCAGAGGAACAAGUAUGGAUUGCUAAGAUGUGGGGCAGCCCCCCCUGCAUGUUUGAAAAGUAAGAAGCAACCUCAGCUAAUUCCAGGAACUGUUAAUUCACCCAGUGUUUGUUGGAGUAUUUCUUUGAAAGUGUGAUUAUGCAAUAAGCUUCCAGUUAUUUAUUGUUAUAGUUCCUUCUGUGUUUCUAAAAAUAGAGGAAAAAUGUUAUCAGCAGAUGGUUUAAAUAAAUAUUAAUUUCUACAGCUAGAGCCUGUUAAACAUUCAGAAGUUGUGAGGCAAACAAAUUGUAUAUGCAUGGCAUGGUAAUGCAGUCCCAUUUCCACUCCAGCUGA